AUGUCUCUCUUGUUCCCUUCCCAGGUUUGUUACAACAAUGAAUGUGUUUCUGUUGAAACUGCCUUUGGCUUAUCUGGGUGUGAGGGCAAGUGCUCAGGGAAUGGGGUAACACAUGGAGAAAUAAUGCAGGAGUUCCUACUGAAUACACAGCCCUCAAGUUUAGGAGAUGUUCCAGAUAAAACCAACUUCCUGACACCCACCGUGUGUGGAAAUAAACUGACUGAGGUGGGAGAGGAAUGUGACUGCGGCACAGUGCAGGAAUGCAAGGAUCAGUGUUGUGAUGCUGCCACCUGCAAACUCAAGCCAGGAGCUCAGUGUGCAGAGGGAGAAUGCUGUAGCAACUGUAAGAUUAAGGCAGCCGGAGAAGUGUGCAGAGAGCGCAAUGAUGAUGACUGUGAUUUGGAGGAUGUAUGUGAUGGAACAUCACCUUGGUGCCCAUCUGAUCGUUUCCAAGCUAAUGGCGCCCCUUGUGGGAAAGGAGAGGGGUACUGUUAUAAUGGGACUUGUCCCACCAUGCAGCGCCAAUGCACUUCACUCUGGGGGGACAAUACAUUGGUCGGUGAAGAUCUCUGCUUCAAUAAAAACAUGGAAGGUACUGAUUAUGGACACUGUAAAAAGGUCGGAAGCACCUACAUACCCUGUAAGCUUGAGAAUGUGAUGUGCGGAGUGCUGUAUUGCAACAGUGAUAAUAAAUAUCCGACAGUUCCUGGGCGUGUUGCUGUGACGGGCGAGUGCAAAGCCCUCCUAGCUCCUGAAGGAAUGGUGCAGAAUGGAAUCAAAUGUGGAGACGGGAUGUUAUUUAUUUACAAUCCAGUAGGCCUGACCCUUGUUUGCAUGAAAGAUACCGGGGAACUGGGAUUUACAGUGCCGUGCCUUCACCUAGUGGGCUCUAAGGAGUAA